AUGACUCCCAAGAACAACGCGUUUCCGCACGAGCUCAAUAAUAACAACAAGCACAAGAUCUUCGAUUUGGCCUUUGAACUUAGUCUACAGAAAUAUCUGGGCAGGAUUGAUGCUCUCCCACAAAGUCGACUAUGCGCGGCAGACAAAAACUUAGCAAAGUUCGAAGCAGACCUAGAAGUCUGGGAUUUAAUAGCAGUUGCUGUAAAGCACUCAGCUGCAGUAUACAAGGAUAUCCAUGCGCAACAAGACUACCAAGGCUACUGGAUUAAACCAACCACAGUUAUCAACCACAUCAAGGCUACUAGUAUUGAAGUCGUGGAUAUUUACGGCUAUUCUGUAGUUGUUGUCGCUAUUCGUGGCUCGGCUAGCCUUGAUGAUUGGUUUCUAAACCUUAACGGCGACCCUAUCGCUGCAGGUAUCGAAGAUGUAUUCGAUGACACUCAUCGAUGGCAUCGCGGGUUUUUGGAUUCGUUCCGUGCCAGCGAGGGCGGCAUAGCAGACGGUAUUCAGAAAGUGACGACUAAAUAUCCGCAUGCAUGUCGCAUAUUAUUUACAGGUCACUCAGCCGGCGGUGCCAUCGCCCAAUUAUGUUACAAUUCAUGUAGCAUAGAGAGUUCCACCAUUGCCAAGGCCAUCAAAGCAUUCAAUCAGAUCAACUGUGUCACUUUUGGUGCUCCACCGAUUAGCACAAUACCUAUCACGCCACACACAGGGUCGGGUGUCUUUCUAUCCGUUAUCAACGAAGGAGAUCCCGUCGUCUUGGCACAGAAGGAAUUUAUCAAAGCGAUACUCUCGGUUUAUUUUCUCUCCAAGGAGGAUUGGGAUGCCAAGUGUAGCCUAGGCUUUGCUAUCCCACCAGCAGAGUGCCAUAUCAGUGGCACAUGUAUAGUGCUGAGAGAUAGUAACGAAGAUGGCGAAGAAGAGGUGUUAGAGGCUGUUGAAGUACCAGCCUCCCUAGUUGAGCGCACAUUUUUUUCUAACUUUCUUGUUCAUGUAAUGUCGCUUUACUGCAGACGCAUAGAUAGCCUAGUAUUAGCUGCAAAGAGUAAUUAA